AUGCUCCGCACACUGUAUGCCGUGGGCGCUCUGUUUCUUCUGGUGGGAUUUCUGCUGCCCGCAGCAGAAGGCAGGAAGAGGAACCGUGGCUCUCAGGGUGCCAUCCCUCCCCCUGACAAAGAGCAGCCCAAUGAUUCAGAGCAGACGCAGGCGCAGCAGCAGCCGGGCUCCCGGCAUCGAGAGCGGGGCAAGGGCACCUCAAUGCCGGCCGAGGAGGUGCUGGAGUCCAGUCAGGAGGCACUGCACAUCACCGAGCGCAAAUACCUGAAGCGGGACUGGUGUAAAACUCAACCCCUCAAACAAACUAUCCACGAAGAAGGCUGCAACAGUCGCACCAUCAUCAACAGGUUCUGCUAUGGCCAAUGCAAUUCCUUCUACAUCCCGAGGCACGUCCGCAAAGAAGAAGGCUCUUUCCAGUCCUGCUCCUUCUGCAAGCCCAAGAAAUUCACCACCAUGACUGUCACACUUAAUUGCCCUGAGCUUCAGCCCCCGAGGAAGAAGAAGAGGAUCACCCGAGUUAAGGAGUGCCGGUGUAUAUCUAUUGACUUGGACUAA